UGGGAGAGGGAAGAAAGGGCAGAGACGGCCUCGAUAGCGGCGGGAGUGUACAGAUCCACAAUGGCUGCCGAAUCUCCGCGCCGUCCAAGCCGAUGCACUGGAGGGGUGGUGGUUCGCCCGCAAGCCGUCACGGAACAGUCAUAUAUGGAAAGUGUUGUUACGUUUCUGCAAGAUGUUGUGCCUCAGGCCUACAGUGGCUCAGCUCCGACAGAAGAAAAAGAGAAAAUAGUGUGGGUCAGAUUUGAAAAUUCGGACUUGAACGAUACAUUGCGGAAUGUGGAGUUGCACGAGAUUCACAGCACUGGCAAUGAGCCGCCUUUGUUGCUGAUGAUUGGCUACAGCGACGGGAUACAGAUAUGGAGCAUCCCUGUCCUACUCCCAUCCCACAGACUGCAGAGAAGUGGUUUUGUAUUUGCAAAACCUGGAGCGACUGCAGAGGACCCCGGGGCCUAUUCCAAGGCACAAGCUUGGAUAAAAGUGUGGACUGCGCAUGCCAUUCGCCCCCGUGCUCAGAAGUGUGAUAACUUUGCUGAGAAGAGGCCUCUCCUUGCUGUGUGCAAAAGCAUUGGAUCUUCUGGCACCAGCCCUCCUUACUGUUGCGUAGAUCUACAUUCUUUGCGGACCGGUGAAAUGGUCAAAUCGGUGCAGUUCAAAACACCUAUUUAUGAUCUCCACUGCAACAAAAGGAUUCUUGUGGUCGUCUUGCAGGAGAAAAUAGCUGCCUUUGACAGCUGCACCUUCACCAAGAAGUUCUUUGUCACAAGUUGCUAUCCUUGCCCAGGGCCAAACAUGAAUCCCAUCGCCCUAGGAAGCCGGUGGUUAGCUUAUGCUGAAAACAAGCUGAUCCGGUGCCAUCAGUCCCGUGGGGGGGCCUGUGGAGACAACAUUCAGUCUUACACCGCCACAGUCAUCAGCGCAGCCAAAACCAUAAAAACUGGACUCACCAGUGGAAAAGUCGUGACGCAGUUAACAGGCACCUUCCUCCGGGAGCAACAGAAGAAGAUCUUAGCUCACAGCAAUGCCCGACGCAGUCCUUUGAUACCUGGAAGUACAGUGAUCGACACGGAGACAGUUGGAGAAGGACAGGUGCUCUUGAGCGAAGACUCGGAUAGCGAUGGCAUCGUGGCUCACUUCCCAGCACACGAGAAGCCAAUCUGUUGUAUGUCUUUCAACCCCAGCGGCAUGCUUCUAGUCACAGCAGAUACUCUGGGCCACGAUUUCCACGUCUUCCAAAUCCUCACCCACCCCUGGUCAUCUUCGCAAAGCGCCGUCCAUCACUUGUACACAUUACACCGCGGGGAGACGGAAGCCAAAGUACAAGACAUCUCCUUCAGCCAUGACUGCCGCUGGGUGGUGGUCAGCACCCUCCGAGGGACGUCCCACGUCUUCCCCAUCAACCCCUACGGAGGGCAGCCCUGCGUCCGUACGCACAUGUCGCCCCGGGUUGUGAACCGCAUGAGCCGCUUCCAGAAGAGCGCAGGGCUGGAGGAGAUAGAGCAGGAACUGACAACCAAGCAAGGCGGGCGUUGUAGUCCUGUCCCUGGCCUGUCCAGCAGUCCGUCUGGUUCACCUCUGCAUGGAAAACUGAACAGUCAAGAGACGUACAACAAUUUCACCAACAAUAACCCCGGGAACCCUCGCCUUUCUCCGCUUCCGAGUCUGACGGUGGUGGUCCCUCUCGCUCAGAUCAAGCAACCCAUGACUUUAGGAACGAUCACCAAACGUACCGGACCUUACCUGUUUGGAGCAGGAUGUUUUUCCAUAAAAGCUCCAUGUGCUCCUGAGCCUCCUCCUCAAAUUUCACAAGCAAAUUGUGGAGGAGAAUUCUGCGUGGCUGCUGUCUUUGGGUCGUCCAGAUCUUGGUUUGCAAGCAAUCCGCUGAAAGAUCAGUCCAGACAAUUCGUGGUCGAGUCUUUGUACAUCAUCAGCUGCUACGGGACUCUGGUGGAGCAUGUCCUCGAACCCCGGCCGCUCAGCACAGCCCCAAAGAUCAGCGAUGACACGCCACUGGAAAUGGUCACUUGCCCACGGGCCAGCUGGACCCUAGUCAGAACUCCCCAGUGGAAUGAACUGCAGCCGCCCUUUAACUUGAAUCAUCCGCUCCUCCUGGCCGCAGAUUCCAUGCAGUGUUACCAGUAUCUGCUCAUUGGCUUAGUCCCACUUGGAAGUCCAGGACCUAUCACUCGGCACGAAUCCUACGAUAGCUUAGCCUCUGACCACAGCGGGCAAGAAGACGAAGAAUGGCUUUCUCAGGUUGAAAUUGUGACCCACACUGGACCUCACCGGCGUCUGUGGAUGGGCCCGCAAUUUCAGUUCAAGACCAUUCACCCCUCAGGCCAAACCACAGUCAUCUCCUCUAGUUCUUCAGUGCUCCAGUCACACGGCCCGAACGAUACCCCGCAGCCUCUCUUGGAUUUCGAUACGGACGAUCUGGAUCUAAACAGUCUCAGGAUCCAGCCUGUGCGAUCUGAACCCGUGAGCAUGCCGGGGUCAUCGCGCCCAACAUCUGACCGCCGAGGCAUUUCAACCACGGGCGAUGCUACCUCAGAGCUACAACGCGAGGGAAGCAUCGAGACCCUGAGUAACAGCUCGGGCUCCACCAGCGGAAGCAUUCCACGGACCUUCGACGGUUACCGGUCGCCUCUCCCGACCAACGAGAGCCAACCCUUGAGCCUCUUCCCGACCGGCUUCCCAUAGCUGGCUCCCAAACAGGAAAACUAUCAGACAGGCUAACACCCCGAUGCUCCACGGGAAACAUCGAUGUGCAUUUAUCCCAACAGUUGGAUCAUCUUGUUACUUUAACGUUGUCGAUGUCUCCGCUCGCGACCCUCCUGGAACUGUGCGAACAAAAAGAUACCAAUUUUGCUGUACUGUGCAAUACGGGGAUGCUUUCCUCCCUUAAUCCGAACGGCUUUCUAGCAUUUCCCUCCCGGUCUUUCCCUGUCCCUCGCUUGAAUACAGGGAAAUGGCUCUUUCAAAGAAGUAUUUUAAACCACAGUUAGUUUCUUUUAACUGUAACCUGCAUCUCCCACCCUCAUGGCAAGCAGAGACAAAGCCUUUAAAUCUGAAUUGAUCAUUCGUUUUUCAUUGGGCGGCGUAAGGAUUAACACGCCACCCGUAUUUUAGGAACCCGCAUGAUCAUUGCCAAGAUCACAAGGCCCAUACAUAAGCCAGGGCCAUCAGCAUGUAACCUUUGCAAAUAUUGGAAGCCUUGAUGGACGGAUGAGUAAAGGGGAAAGAUUUGAGGACAAGCUCCAAAUGGGGGUUGUCUUGGAGUAUUGUGAAUUUAAUUUCUCCAUCUUCAGAUUUCAAAUGGAUGCCAAGAGUAUUACAAGAAAGGAUCUCUCUCUCUUCUCUCUCUCUCUUUUUCUUUGUCCUUUGGGGAAAAUGAUCCUGGGUGGUUCCAUGUAUUUUAAGAGAUGUACCGAAUUUGAUUAACUCGAAUGGCGAAUCUCUCUCACUGGGUUACAGUGUCGGUUCAUUGGAAUUCCUGUCCAAAAAGCGCAUGCGGUCUUCAAUAAAUCUCUGUGAUUUUGUUUCAAGAGAGCACUUGCAACCUCUAGGGCAACAAAACGCUUCUUGUUGUGGUUUCUCCAAUGGGGUGAUGUGAACUUUAGGCUUUCCGGGUUGGUUCGGUUUUAUCCCUGGAACUUGGAGAUCAACCAAAUGAAUCCUGGAGCAGAGGACAACAUACUCUUAGAGUUAAAGAGGUUAAACCCAAAUUGAAUGGGGUUCUCAUUUCAAACACAUACAAUAAUAACACAUGCAAUACUCCUAGUUUGUGUGUUCUUCCUCGCUGAUAGCUUUUGCCCUCUUGGCCACAUAUGGGGUUUCUUGGCGACGCAGGUCCUGGUUUUCUUCUGCGAAAUGUUGGAGAAUAUGGGAAUCAGCCAAGUCCUCCCAUCGAUGGGAGCUGGUCCCUUAAACCUCCUUUUUAACAUUGAAACAUUUGUCAGGAUUAAAUGUACUACUUAAACUUGGGAGCCACAUACGCUUUCUGUUUCCGUGCCAGAGCUUGGCGGAGGUAAGGGAGUUAGUUGCGUGUGCGUUUUUAGAUAACACAAAACCCCCUCGAGUCUGAGAACCUCCGGCCAACGUUUGAAAUUCCCUUCACUAUUUUGAGUUGUCGUUGUCGGGGGGGGGGGUUCUUUUUUGGUUGUUGUUCAAAGUCUAGAACCGUUUUAAGUCGCGAAGCGAAAGGAAACGCAUCCAAACCCACAAAUCUUUUCACACUUCCUCAACUUCGCAGCGGACGGGUCGGUUGAAGCAAAAUUGACCGUUUCCAUCCUCUGCUGAAUCUUUCCUUGUUUAAAAAAGGGAAAGAAAGAAAAAUCAAAAGGCGCAUUUGCUCUUUGGCUCGGCCUUACAGGAUUGCUGAGUCUGAGAUGGAAAGAAAAGUGGUGGGCAUGUGUUUUAACAAACCACUAAAAGUUGGGUAUGCAGGAUUGAUUUCACAUCUCUUUCCAAUUUCUUUUCCUCAGUGUGUGUGUAUCACAGUCGUGCAAUAAAAAAGACAGGCCUUUCUCUGUU